GGAGAAGAAAUAGAAACAAGGUAGAGGAGUGUGAACCGCAGAGCGAGAUAGUUAACGUGCAGUCUUUAAAGUAAAACUAUUUACUUUAAGUAUUCAAUAUUAUGUAUACUAAAUAGCUAAGGAAGAACAUUAUUCAAAGGACGCGUUUUUGAAUUUACGUCAGUGCCCACAAACGUGCACUGCGAAGGAUGCAGACUCUGCUCAUGUUCGGCUGACGUGAGGAUGACAUCAUACUCGACGGGAGAGGCCCUGUGGUAAUUUAUUUAACAUUUGACCAUUUCCCGCUGUUGAGUUCAACAAAUAGACCAUUUUAGAAGUUGCAGGGUCGCUACUCAAAGUAGCAACCGUAGGUAGCUGUGCGCGAGGCUGUCCGACGUCGCCAUCUUUAGCACAGCGACCAGCGUCACUAGUACAAAAUCCCGAUCGGUACACGCAUGCGCGAAGAUUGUCACUUCUUGGACUUGCAAUAUUUAACGACGGGGCUUUUGCGACGUCACGCUCUCUGGUAUUUGAAUGUAUUGUAUAAAGAAAAAAGAAUAUAAAAAUGAGCAAGGGGUAGAUUUAAAAAACACUUCCACACUGCUGCUAUUGUAAAGAAUGACGCAUGGGGGCGCUACUGACUCCCACCCCAUAGUUUAUUUUCUUAAAUGUUGAUUUUUUUUUUAAACGAGGCAUUUACUAUAACUCAAAUAUUUAUCUGCAUCCUUAAAAACAUAAACGUUUAAAUUGUAAAUAUUUAAUGUAAAAAAAGUCUUAAACAAAUGUUUUGUUUGCAAUUUAAGGCUGCUGAAUAUGCAUCCAUCCGGUUUCAAAACACUGUAUUUUUUUAGAUAACGCUUGUUUUGUCUGUUAUCUUUUAUAUGGCAUUGUUAGUAAUACAAAGAUCACAAAAAACAUGGUAACUGUAACGGCGGACACAAACAUAACUUUUGAUUGAUUGAUUGAAACUUUUAUUUGUAGAUUGCACAGUACAGUACGUAUUCCGUACAAUUGACCACUAAAUGGUAACACCCGAAUAAGUUUUUCAACUUGUUUAAGUCGGGGUCCACGCAAAUCAAUUCAUGGUAACUGCCAGAGUGGUGUAUAAAGAGAGUAUGGCCAACUAAACAUGAGGCGCCAUGUUUGCUACCAAGGACGUGUGCUGUCGUUUUGACGUUAGUUUUUCUGACGAAACAAACCAAAAUAAUGUCUGUCUAUAGUUCUAAACAUACACCAGCUCAUAAACUUACAGUAAAACAUGUUUUUAUUUCGUGAAUUUUGUUGCUACAUUCCUGCAGGGUUAGGUGACCAGCAGGCACUGCAACACACAUUUUAUUACCCACUGUAUUUACAAUCAGAAUCAGAAAUAUUUUAUUAAUCCCCGAGAGGAAAUUAAGAUUCUUUAUAAAGUAUAAAAUAUAGCGGCUGAAGUUCCUGCGCUGUAGGCGCCAAUGCGGCGUCUAUUCAUGUAUGAUGUCUAUGGUGACAACCACAGUAGGCCUCUGACGUUGUCAUUGCUUGAUGGCGACAAAGCCAGACCUUUGCUACAAUAAAAUAAAAACGUUAUUUAGCCCUCGCUUGCGAAACUUUGUUUUGUUGAUUGUUGUGUGUAGUCUGAAAAGAGAAAAAAGCAGUUAAGUUACGUGUAGAAUAUAGUAGUGGGCAAUGCAUGCUAGGCUAGCUAAAAUGACCUAGCCAGGGAAGCUGAAGUAGUGCAGGCGUACAAUACUGUGUUUAAAAUUAUGCUUAUAAAUAACAAAAGUCAACCAUUCCACAUUCUAAAAGGAGCAGCAGUGGAACGUUCAGACAGUAUUUGAUCACGUGACAACGGCACUUAAUGGUAAAUUCUACCGCUGUCAUUACGCUAGACGUCUAGCUCACAUGAGGGAGCCGCAUUCCCGCCACUGACUGAGCCGUGAUUGGCCGGGGAGAAGAUGUUGGGUCUUCCACCAGAGCUCUGGGUGUCCGUGUUCGGUUACCUGAGCACGGAGGAAAAGCACGCCGUUCGUUGCUGCUGCAGGGCCUUCAAAAAGCUGGUCGACCACCCGUACCUGUGGAGGAGGUACACGGUGGUGCUGAGGGACCUCGACCGCUACACCUUUGGCUUCUGGGAAACUCUGCACCAGCGCAAGCUGACCCGGGUGGCCGUGCGUCACCUUCGACGGAAAGAAUGGCAGCGGCUUGUCAAGUUCCUCCCGGCGCUCACCGCCAUCGUGUUCGUGGGCGGAGGGCAUGUGUACAAGCAGAAGUACCUGCACCCCCUGAUGCAGUUCCCAAACAUCAGAGACUUGGGCGUACGGGACACCACCUGGACGGAGCCUGUGCUGGGCACCAGCCUGAUCGCCCACUUGAGGGAUCGGCUGACACACAUGAGCGUGUGCAACGUCAGCCUGACGUGCACCGUCUCCUUCAUUCAGGCCGUGUCGCAGCUCAGCAACCUGCGGUACCUGCUCUUCCACCAACAGGGCUACGACCUGGACGAGGUUCGUCCUGUGCCCCUGGAAGACUUCCACCACAUGAUGAUGCACCUGAAGAAGCUCAAACACCUCUCAUGGGGAAUGAGGGGCAAGCCGCAGGAUCCUCUGCCUGACAACUGGCCGAGCCCACCAGAUCCUCGGCACCCAGGAUCUCAGUACAGCGGCCCAGCUCUGACCACCUUGGAGCUGGAGGUCUACCCCGAGACCAUCCUGCCCGAGACAGCCCUGUGGAACUUGACCUCACUCAAGUCACUGACUGUGCGCUACAGAUACUUUCAAGAUGGCGUGGAUUGUCGCCUAAACUCCUGGCUGAGACCCCUCAAGAACUUGGAGUCUCUCAGCAUCAUCGGCCCGAACUCUCUGGCCGUCUACACGACCACCAUUCCCGCCAGCGUGACUAGCCUGACGCUGCGUGUGGCCAUCACUCUCAAGGACUUGGACUCCAUCGCUCCAAAAGGCCUGUCUCUGGAGCACCUGGACAUUGGGCAGAACCGCUCCAACGGCAGCCUGUGUCGCUGCAUCCCCACGUUGUUCCCUCAACUCAGGACGCUGCGCAUAAGGUUCUUCCAUCGGGAGCCGGAGAAGGACUUGCUGAACCUUCACCGCCUGCGGCACUUGGAGCGCCUGGAGCUGCUGGUGGAGCGCUCCUUAAUCCUGAGGGGCUACCUGAACGGACACCCGUGGCCUGGCCCCUCCGUGCAAGAGCUCAUCAACCAGCUGCGGGGGAUGUCGGCCAAUAGGAUUACCGUAGUCACCGCCAUGCGCCAGAGAAACCCUCUAAGGGAAUGCAACUGUGUGUGGGAGGGAGACCGAUGAUCCCAGCAGAACUUCGUCUCCAGAUAAAUUUAUAAAUUAAUCUUGCCUUCUUUUAUACUUCCUCCAAAUGAGCCGUUUGGAAUUUGCUAACAUUACUAUGCUAGCAUGUUAACAUUAGUAUGCUAACAACUUUUUUAGCUAUUUUUCUGAAAUGUAUGUAGCCAGGUAGGAAAAAAGGAAUUUUACAAUGUAUUUCCGAGAGGACUCCACUAGGGGUCAGUGUGGCAUCUGGUGUGUUUGCAACUUUGCAAAGGCAUAAGACUGUGAAUAAGUGAGCGUUGGAUGAGAGCCAAGAAAAAGGAAGUUGUGUUUGAACUCGUAGCUUUGGGAGGAACGUGUGUAUACUUUUGUUGUUACUUCGAAGGUCAUUCGGGAGAUUUUGGACAAAUAGGUGUCGACUUGUCCAGGGUGUACCCCGCCUUCCGUCCAAAGGCAGCUGAGAUAGGCUCCAGCACGCACCACGACCCCGAAAGGGACAAACGGUAGAAAAUGUAUCCAUCCAUCUUCUUCCGCUUAUCCAAGGUCGGGUCACGGGGGCAGCAGCCUAAGCAGGGAAGCCCAGACUUCCCUCUCCCCAGCCACUUUGUCCAGCUCCUCCCAGGGGAUCCCGAGGCGUUCCCAGGCCAGCCGGUGGAGAUAGUCUUCCCAACGUGUCCUGGGUCUUCCCCGUGGCCUCCUACCGGUCGGACGUGCCCGAAACACCUCCCUAGGGAGGCGUUCGGGUGGCAUCCUGACCAGAUGCCCGAACCACCUCAUCUGGCUCCUCUCGAUGUGGAGGCGCAGAGGCUUUACUUUGAGCCCCUCCCGGAUGACAGGGCUUCUCACCCUAUCUCUAAGUGAGAGCCCCGCCACCCGGCUGAAGAAACUCAUUUCGGCCGCUUGUACCCGUGAUCUUGUCCUUUCGGUCAUAACCCAAAGCUCAUGACCAUAGGUGAGGAUGGGAACGUAGAUCGAACGGUAAAUUUAGAGCUUUGCCUUCCGGCUCAGCUCCUUCUUCACCAGAACGGAUUGAUACAGCGUCCGCAUUACUGAAGACGCCGCACCGAUCCGCCUGUCAAUCUCACGAUCCGCUCUUCCAUCACUCGUGAACAAUACUCCGAGGUAAUUGAACUCCUCCACUUGGGGCAAGAUCUCCUCCCCAGCCCGGAGAUGGCACUCCACCCUUUUCCGGGCAAGAACCAUGAACUCGGACUUGGAGGUGCUGAUUCCCAUCCCAGUCGCUUCACACUCGGCUGCGAACCGAUCCAGUGAGAGCUGAAGAUCUUGGCCAGAUGAAGCCAUCAGGACCACAUCAUCUGCAAAAAGCAGAGACCUAAUCCUGCAGCCACCAAACCAGAUACCCUCAACGCCCUGACUGUGCCUAGAAAUUCUGUCCAUAAAAGUAUGAACAGAAUCGGUGACAAAGGGCAGCCUUGGCGGAGUCCAACCCUCACUGGAAACGUGUCCGACUUACUGCCGGCAAUGCUGACCAAGCUCUGACACUGAUCAUACAGGGAGCGGACCACCACAAUCAGACAGUCCGUUACCCCAUAAUCUCUGAGCACGCCCCACAGGACUUCCCGGGGUACACGGUCGAAAGCCUUCUCCAAGUCCACAAAGCACAUGUAGACUGGUUGGGCUAACUCCCAUGCACCCUCAAGGACCCUGCCAAGAGUAUAGAGCUGGUCCACAGUUCCACUACCAGGACAAAAACUACACUGUUCCUCCUGAGUCCGAGGUUCGACUAUCCAGCGUAGCCUCCUCUCCACUACACCUGAAUAGACCUUACCGGGAAGGCUGAGGAAAAUGGAUGACUGCCAAAAAAGCCACUGCAGUUAUUUUAUUGAUCUAUUUUCUCUAAAUUACUGCCACAAUGCCAGUUAAACCAAAGUAGCAGAACCCCACUCCUGGUACCAAAAUGUGUUGCUCGACAAAAUCGUUAUCAUUUGGAAUUUGAUGCCUGCAACAUGUUUCAAAAAAGCUGACACAAGUGGCAAAAAAGACUAAGAAAGUUGAGGAAUGCUCACCAAACACUUACUUGGAAUAUCCCACAGGUGAACAGGCUAAUUGGGAACAAGUGGGUGCCAUGAUUGGGUAUAAAAACAGCUUCCACGAAAUGCCCAGUCAUUCACAAACAAGGAUGGGGCGAGGUUCACCACUUUGUGAACAAAUGCGUGAACAACAUUUCUCAACAAGCUAUUGCAAGGAAUUUAGGGAUUUCACCAUCUAUGGUCCGUAAUAUCAAAAGGUUCAGAGAAUCUGGAGAAAUCACUGCACGUAAGCGAUGAUAUUACGGACCUUCGAUCCCUCAGGCGGUACUGCAUCGAAAAGCGACAUCAGUGUGUGAAGGAUAUCACCACAGAACACUUCAGAAAACCACUGUCAGUAACUGUAAUUUGUUGCUACAUCUGGAAGUGCAAGUUAAAACGCACUAUGCAAAGCCAAAGCCAUUUAUCAACAACACCCAGAAACGCCGCUGGCUUCGCUGGGCCCGAGCUCAUCUAAGAUGGACUGAUGCAAAGUGGAAAAGUGUUCUGCGGUCUGACGAGUCCACAUUUCAAAUUGUUUUUGGAAACGUGGACAUCGUGUCCUCCGGAACAAAGAGGAAAAGAACCAUCCGGAUUGUUCUAGGCGCAAAGUUCAAAAGCCAGUAUCUGUGAUGUUAUGGGGGUGUAUUAGUGCCCAAGGCAUGGGUAACUCACAUUUAAUACUGAAAAGUACAUACAGGUUUUGGAGCAACAUAUGUUGCCAUCCAAGCAAUGUUAUCAUGGACGCCCCUGCUUAUUUCAGCAAGACAAUGCCAAGCCACGUGUUACAACACCGUGGCUUCAUAGUGAAAGAGUGCGGGUACUAGACUGGCCUGCCUGUGGUCGAGACCUGUCUCCCAUUGAAAAUGUGUGGCGCAGUAUGAAGCCUAAAAUACGACAACCGAGACCUCCGAACUGUUGAACAACUUAAGCUGUACAUCAAGCAAGAAUGGGAAAUAAUUCUACCUGAAAAGCUUCACAAAUUGGUCUCCUCAGUUCCCAAAAUGUUUACUGGGUGUUGUUAAAAGGAAAGGCCAUGUAACACAGUGGUAAAAAUAUUAAUUAAUAUUUGCAAAAAAAAAUUAAGUUUCUCAGUUCGAACAUUAAAUAUAUUGUCUUUGCAGUCUAUUCAAUUGAAUAUAUGUUGAAAAGGAUUUGCAAAUCAUUGUAUUGUUUUUAUUUACGAUUUACACAACGUGGCAACUUCACUGGUUUUGGGUUAGUACACCCACGUUUCUCCCAAAGCUACGAGUUAACUCAAAUUUACCUCAGAGUAAUACAACUAGUUGACACAUGAAAGCUGUUGGCCUCCUAGUAUGCUAACAUUAAAAUGCUAACUUUUAUAGCCUCUGAAUAUUUUACCUUUCACAUCCUGGCUCCAAUGAUUCAGACUUAUUUUUUUCCAACCACUCAAUUUUUUUUAAAGAACUGUUGUAUUGGAGCGCUUUACUGUAAAGUACUCUUGAAUAAAGUUGGUAAGAUA